UGUAAAUAUAAUAAGUAACUAACUUAAUAUUUUGAACUAAAAUUCUAUAUAAGAAAGAAGAAUGGGAAGCAGAAAAGUCACGAGAAGAUUAUUUCAGCCAUGGCGCCUUACGGCACGACGGAAAAUUCUCAAACCGCCGUCGUAAUGGUGCCUCUGCCGGCGCAGGGCCACCUAAACCAGCUCCUCCACCUCUCCCGCCUCCUCGCCGCCGCGAAUCUCUCCGUGUACUACAUCGGCGACACCACCCACGUCCGCCAGGCCCGUCUCCGGGUACACGGCUGGAACGACUCAGGCGCAGCCGCCAGAAUUCAUUUCCAGGAAUUCGAACCGGCGCCGUUCCAGACCCCGCCGCCGAACCCAAAUUCAUCGAACAAAUUUCCGGACCAGCUGAUUCCGGCGAUCACGGCGGCGAUGAGUCUCCGUGACCCCAUCACCGCCUUCGUCGGCCGUCUGUCGGCGGACUUCCGCCGCGUGGUGGUCAUCUUCGACUCCCUGAUGUCGUACGUGGUCCAGGACCUCGACUCAGUGUCUAACGCCGAGGCGUACUGCUUCCGCAGCGUGUCGGCGUUCACCGCCUAUGCCAUCUACUGGGAGCGCCGCGGGAUGCCGGCGGUGGCUCCGGGAGCAGAGAUCCUGAGAGAAGUCCCCGGAUCAGACGGGUGCUUUAGUCCCGAGUUUCUAGAAUAUUCAAAGCACCAACAAGCGGCGAAGAAAAUCUUCUGCGCAGAUAUUUACAAUUCCUGCAAUGAAAUCGAGGGAUUCUUCCUCGACUUACUCGAAAAGGAAAAGUCAACAGGGGCUGGGAAAGUGUGGGCACUAGGGCCAUUCCACCCUGUGAGUAAAUUAGAGCCGGCCGGUUCGGCGUGCUUGGAAUGGCUGGACCGGCAGGAACCCGAUUCGGUUAUUUUUGUGUCGUUCGGGUCGACGACUUCCAUGUCCGAUGAGCAGAUUCGAGAAAUCGCCGCCGGCUUGGAAAGAAGCCGCCAGAAGUUUCUGUGGGUGCUUCGCGAUGCUGAUAAAGGCGACAUUUUUACAGGCGAUAUCAGGAAACUUGAUUUGCCUCAAGGGUUUGAAGGACGAACGAAGAAGCAAGGUAUAAUACUUCGAGAUUGGGCUCCUCAAUUAGAAAUAUUGGGACAUCCGUCGACGGGUGGAUUCAUGAGUCAUUGCGGCUGGAAUUCGAGCAUAGAGAGCAUAAGCAUGGGGGUGCCAAUUGCGGCAUGGCCAAUGCACUCGGACCAACCAAGAAAUGCGGUGUUGUUGACGAAGCUGUUGAGAGUUGGGCUUGAGGUUCGAGAUUGGGAAAGUCGGGACGAGAUUGUGAGGUCGAAUGUUGUGGAGAAUGUUGUAAUGAAAUUGAUGGCUUGGGAAGAAGGAAAUGAGAUUAGAAAAAGGGCUCGGGAAUUGGGGAUUAGGGUGAGAGAAUCGGCCAUUGUAGGAGGAACUAGCCGCACCAAAAUGGAAGCAUUUAUUGCUCAUAUUACCCGAUGAGAUGAGAUAAAAUAUUCACUUUGGCAGUGCCAAUAAUGUUGGGGACU